AUGUUUCUUCCAAGAAUCUCAUCCCGCCUCCCAAAGCCGCGAAGAUUUAUCCAUGGAACACGUAGAAACUUGACAAACGCGAUACACUCAGAAAGUAGCGAUGCUCCUCUCGCUAGGAAACGCGUCAUUUUAUCCGGUAUUCAACCCACAGGGACACCUCACCUAGGAAAUUAUCUAGGGGCGCUUUCUAACUGGGUGCAGCUUCAGCGGGACAGCAGUCCGAACGACACUUUGCUGUAUACCAUCGUUGGUUGGCAUGCUCUGACAUUGCCUCAAGACCCCAAGAAACUAUCGCAGUCACGACGCGAAAUGCUUGCGACAUUACUAGCCAUUGGCCUCGACCCCAACCGCUCUAUUAUAUUUCACCAGGACCAUAAUCCCCAUCACACAGAGUUCGCUUGGAUACUAAGCUGUCUAACUCCCUUCGGCAAACUCAAGCGGAUGACGACCUGGAAGUCUCGUCUGGCCGAUUCUCGCAACGCCAAUAAUGAAUCGGAAGUGAACGAGUCUCUACUGAAUGCUGGGUUAUUCACCUACCCUGUUCUGCAAGCAGCAGAUAUUCUUGUCUAUAGGGCGACCCAUGUACCCGUAGGAGAAGACCAAACGCAGCACCUUGAACUCUCGAGGGACAUUGCCCAGAUAUUUAACCAGACCUACAAACGACUGUUCACUCUACCCAAACAGCUCUCCACCCCGUCGAAGAGAAUCCUUUCCUUGAAGAAUCCUGCGGCCAAAAUGUCCAAGUCUGCGCCAGACGUUCAGUCUCGUAUCCUGUUGACUGAUUCGCAUAACCAAAUCAAGGCCAAAAUCCGGUCCGCAGUCACGGACUCUAUUACCGGCGUCACAUACGACCCAGAGACCCGACCUGGCACGUCGAACCUUCUGACUAUUCUUGGGGCAUGUACCAAUCGUGAAGGGAGUGAUGUUGCAGCGGAUUAUCGAAGCAAGGGGCACGGGGAGUUGAAGGCAGACGUGGCCGAGGCUAUCGAAGGGCUACUCAGAGGCCCUAGGAGCGAGUUUGAGAGAUUACGUGAAGAAAGAGGAUAUUUGGACGAUGUUGCCAAGGACGGUGCAGAGAAGGCAAGGGCACUCUCGGAGAUCACGAUGUUAGACGUUCGAAGAAGGAUCGGUCUAUCAUGA